AAAGUGGAAAAGUGAUGGAGAACAACCCUAGUUCUUCAAGAAUUGACAGAAAACUCAUUGAGAAAAAUAGAAGAAAUGAAAAGAAAACUCUCUGACACAAACUCACUUCAAUUAUUCCUCAUCAAAUCUCAAAGGCUUUUAUCCUUUCCUUCUUUCUUUUCUUUCUUAAUUUUUCUUUACCCCCUUCUUCUUCUCUUACUUGCUUAAUUAAUAAUUUGAAUUAUGCUUGAAAGCACAAAAACACAGUAUUGUGUCACUAACUAAUCAUUAUUUUUUUAAACAAUGUGUGGAUGAUUAAAUUUAUGUGUUGCAUGCAGGUUAUAUCGAUGCCGGAUCGGGUAGAGGAAGCAACAAAUUACAUAAAGAAGUUAAAGAUAAAUUUGGAGAAAAUGAAGGAAAAGAAGAAGUUUUUACUAGAAAUUCAAAGGCAAAAGAAGUUGAUGUUAUUAAAAUCUCCAAAAAUUGAGAUCCAACAAAUAGGUUUAACAUUAGAGGUUGUUCUAAUAACUGGAUUGAAUUCUCAGUUUUUGAUGAAUGAAACCAUUAGAAUUCUUAAUGAAGAAGGAGUUGAUAUUGUUAAUGCUAGCUAUAAAGUCAAUGAAGAUACUGUUUUCCAUUCAAUACAUUGUCAGGUACAAGAAGAAUUUGGAAAUGAAAGUGCAAGAAUAGCUGAGAGAUUGAACAAGUUAAUGCAUGAUUAUUAGCCGAAUGCAUGUCUUUUUGAUUUCAUUAUAUAUAAAUCUAUAAAUGUGUGCAUUUUGUAAUAUUUAUCUAAAUUUAUGCUGGUGUUUAGAUUUCCAGCUUUUUAAUUUUAUAUAGAAGAAAUGGAAAAUAUCUGAAUUAAAAGUUCUGACUUAUAUAUAUUAUUUUACUAUUCGGGAAAACUCGUGUUUCAUGCUUCUUUUGAUAUCAAUAAAAGUAAUAUAUGUUUUUCUGCAGUUGUUCGUACUAUUUCCCACUGAUGUGUCCAUGCAGGUUGAGUGCUCACUGCUUUAACUGGGAUUGUCACCCACUUCAUGUUAGGCUUGUUCUUCUUUACUUUUGUAGGCAUGGUAGCAUCUUCAACCGAUUACUUUUUCUGGUUCAAAGCUAGUUUAGGCUGAAUUUUGUUACAAACUUGGAUUGUAUAUGCCCAAUCAUAGAACAAUUGUUACAAAAAUCGAGCAUUCAUAGAUUUUUUUACCACACUGCCAUGUUUCUGAAAAGAUAAUACCAAUAUGCCACAAGUUGAAACAAAAACACUAAAAUGCCAC